AUGAGAGGGAGUGCAGGAGAAGUUGAAGCUGGGCAGAGUGCGCGUGUCGUUGACGUGCACACAAAACAGUGGAUAAGGGAAGGAAGGAAAGGGUGUCUUGGAACAGGAAAGAGCAGAUACGAUGGUAUGGGGAAGAAGAGGAAGGAGAGAUCAAAAAUGGAAAGAGCGAAGAAGAAACGCAAAGGUGGAGGAGAAUGGAAAGGCAGGAGCAAUGGAGAGGCGAGCGCGCGAAAAAAAACUAGCUGGGAAGCAAAGCCGCCUGCGGGACGAGACUAG